AUGUGGAGGAGAGUGAUCGGUAAUGUCGCCGUCCGGCGUCAGAUACAGCGAGCGCUAUCCAGUAAAGCCGGUGGAAGUGGAAAGGCCGGCGACGUUUCGGCUGCCGUCGAUUCGAUGCUUCUGCGUUCCCUCAAGGAACAUUACCUCGAAGUCUCCAAGAUGACCCCUCCUCCGAAAGUGAGUCCUCCGUCACCAUUUGAGAUUGUGAAAGGAUCGCUAGAGGGAACUGGGGCUGUUCUGAAGAAAUCUGUUGGAAAUGAAGAGAUCAGUCUUUUCGUUAUGCGGUUGGCUCACGGAGGUGAUGAGGAAGACGAUGAUGGGAUCAACCAGCUGUUCCUACAUGUGGCUGUGGCAAAGCAAAACCAGGCUGAUUCGUUGCAUUUCCUUUGUGGCCUUUACCCAGAUGCAUUGGGUAUUCACUCCGUCUCCAUGAGGCCUAAACUCGAAGAUCUGGAGUUGUCCGAUGAUUCUUCGCGAUACACAGGCCCUUCUUUUGAAGAGCUCGAUGAGAAGAUGAGAGAUGUGUUCCAUGGCUUCCUAGAGGACCGGGGUGUGAACGAGAGUCUCUUCCCGUUUCUUCAGGCGUGGCUUUACGUGAAGGAUCACCGUAACCUGCUGAGAUGGUUCAAAUCAGUUGGCACUUAUGUUCAUGAAAACCCGUCUGCAGAAAACGCCUAG